GGAACACAAGUUGGAUUUCUGUUUCAGACUCCACGCUUUACCAGACGCACACACUUAGUUGGCACGAAAAGAAAAACCCACUUGAGCUUGACUAUGACUGCAGAAAUUUGGGAUGUUAUUAUUGUUGGCGCUGGACUAUCUGGAUUGAGUGCAGCUCAUUUGCUCAGAAAAAGAGAUGCCAAGCUGAAAAUACUGAUACUGGAAGGAAAAGAUCGGGUGGGAGGUCGCACAGUGUCCACUGAAAUACCAGCAGCCAAUGGUGUUGAUCGCUGGGACUUUGGAGGGCAGUGGGUAGGAAGCACCCAAACACAUGUCUUGGAGCUCAUAAAGGAGCUGGGCUUAGAGACCUACCCGCAAUUCAAUAUUGGCAAGAAGGUGCAUCAUAUGGGUGGGCCAGGUGCCAGAGUUCGCACCUACAGAACCAGUAUCCCUGCUCUAUCCCCAACAGUGUUAAUGGACCUCACCCAGUUCCUGUGGAAGAUUGACAGAUUGUGUGCCACAGUAUGUGUCAAGGAUCCUUCUAAGACUCCCAAUGCAGUAGAACUGGACAGUAUGACCCUGCACUCGUACACUGAGCAACAUGGUUGGACUGCAGAACUGAGAGAGGAGAUAGGAUUGUGUAGCAGGAUUGUCUUUGGCAUGGAGCCAUCCCAGAUGUCCUUCCUCUUCUUUCUCAUGUAUGCUGCAGCAGCUGGAGGGCUACUGCCACUCCUGGAGAGCACUGCAGGCUGUGCUCAGGAGUUCAAAAUAAAGGGAGGCACCCAGCAGCUUUCAGAGUGUCUGGCAGAACGUGUGGGGUGGAAGAAUGUCCGGCUGGGUUCUGCUGUAACAGCCAUAUGGCAGGAUGCUGAGUGGGCCAGGGUGACGACCGCCACCGCCACCUUCUUGUGCAGAGCUGUGAUUGUCACCUGCCCCCCUCAUUUGGCAGCAAAAAUCCACUACGAGCCAGCCCUGCCCAGCCAGAGAGAAUUCCUUACCCAGAACAUGCCUGUGGGCCACAUGAUAAAAUUCAUUAUUACCUACCAGACGGCUUUUUGGAGGGAAAAGGGCUUCUCUGGGGAAAUAGUGGCAGGAUCCUCCACUGACUGUCCGUUCUGUGUUACCUUUGAUGCCACCAGCGCCGGUGGUAAUGCUGCUCUGGUAGGCUUCAUUGCCGGCCAGCAGGCUUCCCAGUGGAGCUCCAAGGAGGAUGGAGAGAGAAGAAAAGCUGUGCUUUCCAGUCUGGUCAAAUACCUGGGCCCCGAGGCUGCAUCUUUCAUCCACUAUGAAGAGAAAGACUGGGCUAAGGAGGACUACAGCGGGGGCUGCCCUGUUAAUGUCAUGACACCAGGUCUGCUAACAUAUUACCACCCUAGCCUGAGGAAGCCCUGUGGCAGGUGGAUUAGCUCAGUCCUACCUGUCCAAUCAAUGGGGCCACAGAAGCCAGAGGACCAGCCCCUACAUCUGUAUCCUAGAACGGCAGCCUUUACUUUGUGCUGAGCCAGCAGUACAGAAAGAGCAUUGAGUUUAAUCCUUUCUCUACCACUUUGUACACAGUGCUGUGGGGUGGUUUCUCAAGACCAAGGAAUGGAAAGGGCUGGAUGUUAUCUUGUGUUUCUCCAUUAGGAUCACGUUUGGUUCCUACCUCCUAGUUAGAAAGAUUAUUGGAUGCACAAUACAAAGCACUCUUUUCACUCUUGUUUCUAUGGAUAGGGGGUUUUGAGAAAAAAAAAAAGCUAACCUGCUGUGAAGGUGCCUCCACUGGUGGGUGGGUAGUGGUAUGUUUUCACAAUGCCACUGGUGAUAAGGGAUAGUAAUGCAUCAUCUUCACUUCUACAGAGCCACUGACUUCAGCCUCUGGGGGUACUGGCAACUGGCAGCAGCAGCACUAUCCACUGCUAUAUUCUGCUUCCAAAGUGUUGACCCCAAAUGCUUGUUCUUCCAUAUUUGUCACUGAACUAGAUUGAUGGAUCUAAUGCAGUUCAGUGCUUUUUUUGAGCAUGUCUGUUACACAGUCAAACCCACAAUGAUACCAUCUUGCCAAUGACAAUGCCCCGCUGUCUGCACCCUCCAGCUGAGAUUUAAC